AUGAAGAUCCUCAGCAAGGAAGAAGAAGACGCUCAUUACAGAGAGGUCCUCAAGGGCGGCACCGUCGGCGGCAUAGUCGGUCUCAUCGGCGGAUUCGCAGGUGUGGUGGCCGCCUCCAAACGCUACGCCACCAUCCGCAACCUCACCCUCCCCAUGAAAUCCUUCCUGGUCACCUCCUCGGGAACCUUCUUCGGUAUCAUCGCGGCCGACCACGCCUCACGCUCCUUUGAAGCCUCCCGCAACGCCGAGCGCCAAUGGUACGAGUCCCGCGAGGAGCGCCUCCGCCAGGAGGAGCUGGCGGGGAUGAGCUUCAUCGACCGCACGAUGGCCUUUGCGCGCCGCGAGAAGUACAAGAUCGUCGGCGCCACGUGGGUGGCUAGCAUGAUUGGCUCGUUUGCCAUGGUGAGCCGCAACCCGUACCUGACCGGUUCGCAGAAGAUCGUGCAGGCGCGUGUGUAUGCGCAGGGCCUAACCCUCGCUGUGCUGGUUGCGUCGGCGGCGUUUGAGAUCUCGGAUCAGAGGAAGGGUAAGGGGUUGCUAGAUGCGGCGAAGAAGGGGAAGAAGGCUGCGGGCGAGAAGGAGGCGGCGCCGACUCAGACUCCGACCCCUGCUGCGGCGCAUGAUCCUCAGAGUGGCGAUCUGUGGAAAGAUAUGGUUGCUGCUGAGGAGGAGCGGUUGAAGCAGAAGCAUCAGCCGCUGUAUGAGAAGCCUCAUGAGCAUCAAGACGAUGCGAGUGCGCAGGCUGCGCCGGCGCCGACGGAAAAGCACGAGGAGAAGGAGGAGAAGGAGGAGAAGGAGAAGAAGUGA